GUUCGGCGGGCGGGGCGCCCUGCAGGCCGCUCGGCGCUGCCCGCUGCGGGCCGGGAGAGCCGCGGGGCCGGCGGCGAUGCCAUGAAGCCGGCGGGGAGCCGCGGCGGGGCGAGCGGCUCGCACACGCACCGGGGCUCGGCCGUGGGGGCUCGGCCGCUGUAGGAGCGGCGACUCCGCGGGGCGCCACCCGCCGCCGCCGUCCCCCCCCCGGGCCUCCUCCGUCGGAGGAUGGCGGCAGCGGCCGCCCCGACGCAGCUGGAAGCCGAGCUCUACUACCUGAUCGCCAGGUUCCUGCAGUCCGGGCCCUGCAAGAAAUCCGCCCAGGUGCUGGUGGAGGAGCUGGAGGAGCACCAGCUGAUCCCCCGGCGCCUGGACUGGCAGGGCAAGGAGCACCGGCGGAGCUUCGAGGACCUGGUGGCUGUCAAUGCACACAUCCCUCCGGAUUAUCUUCUUCGGAUCUGUGAGAGACUUGGACCACUUUUAGACAAGGAAAUCCCCCAGAGUGUGCUAGGUGUGCAGACUUUGCUAGGCGUUGGGCGGCAGUCUCUGUUACGGGCAGCAAAAGACUUCAGACACACGCUAUGGAAAGGAUCGGCGUUUGCAGCUCUUCACAGAGGCCGGCCUCCCGAACUACCUGUAAAUUAUGGGAAACCACCAAACGUGGUAAAUAUAAUUUCUGCCAGGCAAUUAACUGGAUGUGGACGUUUCAGCCACUUGUUCCCAACAUCCACCUACCAACAGAUGAAGAUGCAUAAGAGGAUUUUGGGGCAUCUAUCAUCUGUGUACUGCAUAGCCUUUGAUCGCAGCGGGAGGAGAAUUUUUACAGGGUCAGAUGAUUGCUUGGUCAAAAUCUGGGCUACGGACGAUGGGCGCCUGCUCUCAACGUUGCGAGGACACUCGGCUGAAAUUUCUGACAUGGCUGUUAACUACGAAAACACGCUGCUUGCUGCAGGCAGCUGUGAUAAAAUUGUCAGAGUAUGGUGUCUUCGAACCUGUGCCCCGGUCGCAGUGCUGCAGGGCCAUUCAGCUUCCAUUACUUCCAUACAGUUCUCUCCAGCAAGAAAAGGCACAACACGAUACCUCACUUCUACUGGUGCUGACGGAACAAUCUGUUUCUGGCAGUGGCAUGCUAACACCAUGAAGUUUAAGGAUCGCCCUGUAAAAUUUGCAGAGAGGUCCAGGCCUGGUGUUCAGAUCUCUUGUUCAUCUUUCAGUUCAGGUGGCAUGUUCAUUGCAACAGGUAGUACUGACCACGUGAUAAGAAUUUAUUAUUUGGGCUCGGAAUCUCCAGAGAAAAUGGCCGAGUUAGAAUCUCACACGGACAAAGUAGUUGCAGUCCAGUUCUGUAACAAUGGCGACAGCUUAAGAUUUGUCAGUGGAAGCAGAGAUGGAACAGCAAGAAUCUGGCAUUACCAUCAGCAAGAAUGGAAGAGUAUAGUCCUGGAUAUGGCUACUAAAAUGACAGGAAACAAUAUAGCAUCUGGGGAGGACAAGGUGACUAAGCUGAAGGUUACUAUGGUGGCUUGGGAUAGAUAUGAUGCCACUGUCAUCACUGCAGUCAACAAUUUCCUUCUCAAAGUGUGGAACUCAUCCACAGGGCAGCUUCUUCAUAGCUUAUCUGGUCAUGAUGAUGAAGUUUUUGUUCUGGAGGCUCAUCCGUUUGACCAAAGGAUCGUACUUUCCGCAGGCCACGAUGGAAAUAUUUUUGUUUGGGAUAUAGACAAAGGAACAAAAAUUCGCAAUUACUUUAACAUGAUUGAGGGCCAAGGCCAUGGAGCUGUUUUUGAUUGCAAGUUCUCACCAGAUGGACAGCAUUUUGCCUGCACAGACUCUCAUGGACAUCUGCUACUAUUUGGUUUUGGAUGCAGUAAAUAUUAUGAAAAGAUUCCAGAUCAGAUGUUCUUCCAUACAGACUACCGACCACUGAUCCGUGAUGCAAAUAACUAUGUGUUGGACGAACAGACUCAACAGGCUCCGCAUCUUAUGCCUCCCCCAUUUCUGGUGGAUGUUGAUGGAAAUCCUCAUCCCACGAGAUUCCAGCGGCUGGUACCGGGGAGAGAAAAUUGCAAGGAUGAACAACUUAUUCCUCAGCUGGGAUAUGUGGCUAAUGGUGAUGGUGAAGUAGUCGAACAAGUCAUUGGGCAGCAAACUAAUGACCAAGAUGAGAGCAUCCUUGAUGGCAUGAUCAGAGAGCUGCAAAGGGAGCAAGAUCUAAGACUAAUUAAUGAAGGAGAAACUCUUCCACACCCUCCACUCAAUAGAUCCCACUCUGUUAAUGGAGCUCUUAGAAGUCCAAAUUUGGAGAUUGCAUCUCCACCAAACGUCGGUCUCCGGAGAAGCGGUCAGAUUGAAGGGGUCAGGCAAAUGCAUCACAACGCUCCCCGAAGUCAAAUGGCAACAGAGAGAGAUCUCAUGGCAUGGAGCAGAAGAGUAGUGGUGAAUGAGCUUCCUCCAGGCAUCAGCAAGGUGCAGGAAGAAUGUAGAGCUGCCAAAGGUGAAAUCGAAAUUGGUCUAUACAGUGUUGAAAAGAAGAGAAAGCCAUCCCACACCUUACAACGGAAUGAUUACCAACCAAGUGGAAGGUCUCUGAGAAGAAACCAACGCAAACGCCAGCACGCCUAUCAAACACGCUCCACGAUAGAACACAGUCAGCAAGGAGCGAGUCAAAACGCACGUGCACGGGAAGAAUCAGACAGCUCCUCAGAGGAAGAUGAGACAGUUGGCACAAGUGAUGCAUCUGUGGAUGAUCCUGUGGCAGCGUGGCAAAGUGAAAGCAGUUCCAGUGAUUCAUCAAGUGAAUAUUCAGACUGGACAGCAGAUGCGGGAAUUAAUCUCCAGCCUCCGAAGAGACAAACCAGGCAGGCAGCUCGGAAAAUCUGUAGUAGUUCUGAAGAUGAAAAUGUGAAGGGAACAAAAGGAGUGGAGCAAAAACGAAGGAAACUUAAGCAGCCUAGAAAAAAGAAACCAAGUGGGCUGCUUUCGAUGGAAGGUGAACCCAGUGAGGAAUGGCUUGCCCCCCAGUGGAUCUUGGAUACUAUACCCCGCCGCUCACCUUUUGUCCCACAAAUGGGAGAUGAGAUCAUUUACUUUAGGCAAGGCCAUGAAGCUUAUGUACGGGCAGUAAGGAAAGCAAAAAUUUACAGCAUUAACAUGCAAAAACAACCAUGGAACAAAAUGGAACUCAGGGAACAAGAAUUUGUAAAGACUGUAGGAAUCAAAUACGAAGUUGGGCCUCCUACACUCUGCUGCUUGAAGCUUGCAUUCCUAGAUCCGAUCACAGGCAAAAUGACAGGAGAAUCAUUUUCCAUUAAGUACCAUGAUAUGCCAGAUGUUAUUGACUUCCUUGUGCUGCAUCAGUUUUAUAAUGAAGCCAAAGAAAGGAACUGGCAAAUAGGGGAUAGAUUUCGCAGUAUAAUAGACGACGCUUGGUGGUUUGGAACUGUGGAGAGUCAGCAGCCUUUCCAGGCGGAAUAUCCUGAUAGUUCCUUCCAGUGCUACAGUGUUCACUGGGACAACAACGAAAGAGAGAGGAUGAGCCCAUGGGACAUGGAGCCAAUUCCAGAAGGAACUGCUUAUCCAGAGGAGGUUGGUGCUGGAGUCCCCGUGACUCCAGAUGAGCUGACAGCUCUUCUCUACAAACCCCAGGAAGGAGAAUGGGGGGCCCAUUCCAGAGAUGAAGAAUGUGAACGAGUAAUUCGGGGGAUUGAGCAACUUCUUUCCCUUGACAUUUCUAAUCCCUUUGCUGUUCCAGUGGACCUUAGUGCCUAUCCCAUGUAUUGCACUGUAGUUGCUUAUCCAACGGACCUCACCACAAUCAGGAGGAGACUUGAAAACAGGUUUUAUAGGAGAAUCUCUGCGCUGAUGUGGGAGGUACGCUACAUUGAACAUAACGCCAGGACUUUCAACGAGCCAGACAGUCCUAUAGUCAAAGCAGCCAAAAUCGUAACGGAUGUCUUACUUCGCUUCAUUGGGGAUCAGAGUUGUACGGAUAUAUUAGAAAUAUAUAAUAAGGUGAAAGCAGAAGACCUGAGCAGUACUGAUGAAGAGGAGGAGGUGGCAGAAGUAGAUGUAGAUUCAGAUGCUCCAGGAACUUCCUCUGGGAAAAGACGAGUAAGACGGCGAAUAAAAAGACAGCCCAUGAAAGCAAGUCCUGAUGCUUGGAAAGAGCAAUGCAAACAGUUGUUAAACCUGAUUUAUGAAAGAGAGGACUCUGAGCCAUUUAGACAGCCAGUUGAUCUGUUCUCCUAUCCUGAUUAUCGAGAUAUUGUUGACACUCCUAUGGAUUUCAGCACUGUGAAAGAAACCUUGGAAGCGGGAAACUACACUAGUCCAUUGGAAUUUUACAAAGAUAUUCGCUUAAUAUUCUGCAACUCUAAAGCUUACACUCCUAAUAAAAAGUCUCGAAUAUACAGCAUGACACUUCGACUAUCUGCCUUAUUUGAAAAUCAUAUGAAAAAUAUCAUCUCUGAGUACAAGUCAGCAAUGCAAUGUCAGAAGAGGAAAAGGCCACGGUACCGAAAACGGCUAAGAAGCAGUAGCAGUUCACCAUCAACUAGCAGAGCAUCUAGUCCAAAAGGGAAACAGAAGCAAAUGAAGAUACAACCUAAAACCAACCAGAAUACCUCACUGCCUUUGACUAGGACUAGCUCUUCAGUUUCAUCUCACGUUUCAGAUACAGCAGAGGAACCUUUGGGUUCAGCCACUGGUGAAGAGUUGGAAGGCCAGCCAUCUUCCUCGGGCUCAAAUGCACAGAACCGAAGUGGAAAUACCAUCGAUCCAGGGAAAAGUAGACCGAUCAGAAGUAAAUUGACACCAGUGAAACAAGAUCACUCUCCUGAUGGACUGCUUACUAAUGGUGAUGGCAGAGAACCUCGGACAGGAGUCAAGAGGAAGCUAGUAAGUGCAUCAGAAGAUGAGCAUCUGGAGGAGGCAGAGGAGGAGGAAAAGAAGAAAAGAGACUUAAAGGAAAAGUCCGGUUUAUCUUCAUCAGAAAGUGGGGAAUCAGCAUCCAGUUCAAGUUCUGAAAGCAGAAGUGGCUCUGAUUCAGACUCUGAAUCAACAUCUAGAACAGAUCAGGAUUACAUUGAUGGAGACCACGACUACAGCAAAGUUGUGCAAUCCAAAAAACCCAAGAGAAAAAUCAAAAGAAAAGUCACCAGUGGAAAAAGGAAUUGGCAGGGCAGAGGGACAGGAAGGAGGGGUAGGUGGGGGAGGUGGGGCAGAUGGAGUAGAGGGGGAAGAGGUGGAAGAGGUGGACGAGGUUGUGGCAGAGGAAGAGGUGGUGGCAGGGGAGGAAGAAGAGGCCGGGGAGGCAGAGGAGCCUCACGAGGAGCCACCAGAGCAAAACGUGCCCGAAUUACAGAUGAUGAAUUUGAGAAUCUGUUUGGAGGACAAUUUGGUGAGAACGUGUUUGGAGGCCGAUUCAGUAGGCCGCCUCGAAUCAAAACAAGGAAUGAGGGCAGGAGAACUGUCCUGUAUAACGACGAUUCUGAUAAUGACAAUUUUGUGCACACCGAGGAUCCUUUGAACCUUGGUACUUCCAGGUCAGGCAGGGUGCGGAAAAUGACAGAAAAAGCCAGGGUCAGCCAUCUCAUGGGAUGGAAUUAUUGACAGAUGAAAAACUUUGGAACAAUUUUAAAAGAACUUCAAUGGCCUUCUACUGCAGGGAUUUUACCAGAAAAUCUACCAAGCAAGUUGUGCGGGGACUCCACUCAUGUCUCACAGUGGUGCUUUUCCAUUAUGUCAAUUUGCGUUUGUUUUAAAGCUUCAGAUCGCCACACUUCAUUGGUCAAAACAAGCCUUAUUCAUUAGGCCUUAAAUUACUGAAAUUCUUCCCCACACACUACGAGUUCAUCGCAUUAAAGAGGCUUCCAGCUUCUCAAUAAGAACAUGAUAUUUUAAAUCAUGAUUAUGACUUCUCUCCCUUUUGUUUUUGUAUUAUAGAAAUAGCACCUUCUUACAGAGUUUUUAUGUGGUUUCUGCCAUAAAUCCUUAUACACAGUAAUAAUUAUAACUUUUGCACAAUACACCAAUCCUAAAGGCAGCUAUAAAAUGUUUACAGUUUCUAUAUUGUAAGAAGGAUCUGGAUUAUUUUAAUCUUCCCAGGCCAAACAGUCAUGAAUUGUGCUGAACUGAAGUAUGUCUAUACUACAGUUACGGGGGUCCUGACGUGCUUUCUAUCGGUUCCUUAUUCGUGUAAAAAGUGACAAAGGGUUGGUGCCUUGUAAAUAUGUAGCAAACCUUUGAUGUGGUGUGUCCUAUGUGUGCAUUAACUUUAUUAAAAAGAGAAUACUUGAGAAGUAUGAAUAUCUAGACAAAAGGUGCCAAAUGCAAAAGUUACUUGCAUCUAUUUUCUUUUUGUCCUCUCAUAUUUUUAUAGUAUUAAUAGAGAUUGUGCAGCUAAGGGGUAACUUCAACAUUUGAAAGGUUCCUCCUCUUCAAAGCAUAACGUGAUUUUUAAUAGUAGCUUGGCUACCUCUAUUUACAACUACUGGAAACUUAAAAGAAAAUAGAUGCUAUUAUUCAGUAUGUGCUGAAGAAGAGGCAAGCAGGAGCGUAGAGGGAUGGAAUUGCUCGCUGAGUUGUACAGUAACUAUAUCUCCAUUAUAUCGACACAAUGAAAACAAAUCCAAGUAAUGAUCAGAGUUUUCAGAAGCGUGAUGUUUUCAGCAGGUGGUAGUUUGUGCAGGUAGGCCAACUGGCUCCCACACGGUUCUGCUGCGACUUACUCGGUACAGAUCUGUGUUUAGCUUAAUUUGUCCCUUGGAGCUGAUGGGGAAGCUGAACUGAGCUCUGUGCCUCUGGUGGCUAGCAGUCCUGAUAACUUUCCGUUCUCGUCCUCCAGACAGACUCUUGUGUCUCAAGCUUCCAGAAGAGAAUUCUUGUUGCACUGUACUUGUUAUACUGAAAACUGCAAACUUGAAAACAGAACUCACUUGGGUAGUAAUAGUACAGUACGUGCCGAUGCGAGGGAAGUGGUAGUCUCUUUCCCCAGUGAAAGGCAGCAGUCUCAGUGGGCAGGAACACGGGACUUGUCGUGGGGUGAGCUGCAGAUGGGCAGCCUCUUUGCUUAGUAGGGUCUGGUUGAAAUACAUAUGGGACUUCAGUUUUCUCCUGUUGUUUAAAAGAAUCUGACAGUUCCAGCUUAAGAGAGUACGUUGGUUUACACAGAGAGAACAAAUGAAAAAAAAA